AUGUGGGGAGUGUUUCCUUGUAUUGUCCUGUUGUCAGCUUUGACCUUGUCUCAAGGUCAACAGGAGGAUUACGUGGGAUUUCUUCGUACCCACGGACCCAGGAAUGUUCCGAGAUACAACCAUCGACCCUGUGGCCCCCGAGUUUGCGGCAAAAGUGGCCUUUGUUAUCGGAGUUUCGAGAGCAUUUGCGAGCUAAACGAUUAUAAUUUUAAGAUGAUCUUCAGUGGCCAAGACGAGUUCGAUCUGACCAACCCCAUCUAUUGCCAAGAGCCUCCACCACCGCCAAAGCUUAUAAAUGUUGGCUACUAUUAUAACACUAAUCACCGGAGCUUGUUGUUGGGCCAACAGCCACCGUCGCCAUAUUCGUCGCCCGUUCCUCGGCCGAGUAUUUCCCUUAACCAGGACUAUUAUAGACGUUAUGACAGAGUUUCAACACCAGAUGAUUUCAGUCCAGCUCUGGAUUAUGUACAGCCGUAUCCGGUAUGGUCUUUUAAGCGACCUCAAACACCGCCGACAAGGUCCCCAGUGAGUGUUAGGCCUCCUUAUUGGAGCUAUCCGACCAGGCGCCCCGAAUCAACGAAGCGGCCUUGUUAUGAGACAACAACAACCAGAAAAAGGACCCCAACAAGAACAACAACUACUGAAUAUUCCACAACCAGCACAACAACUGAACCAACUACAACGACGAGGACAACUGUACCUUUAAUAACUACAAGAAGUACUGAACCUUCUACAACAACAACCGCUGAACAAACAACGACAACCACUGAACAAACAACAACAACAACAACUAAUUCAACAACAGAAAUAACAAGCACAGAACCAACCACAGAUCCAAUAACAACUGAGGUGACAGAAUUAUCAACAGCUACAGAAUCGACCACAGCAGAAACCACAGUACCAACAACAGCUGAAACGAUCCCACAAACAACAACAACGACUGAAUCUACAACGGCAAGCACGACAGAAUCUACCACAACUUCAACUACUGAAGUUCCUACAACAACGACAACAGAUCUUCCCACGACAACAACCACUGAGGUUUCUACAACAACGACAUCAGAUCCUACCACAACAACAACCACUGAUGGAACUACAACAACGACAGCGGAUCCACCUACAACAACAACCACUGAGGUUUCUACAACAACGACAACAGAUCCUUCCACAACAACAUCCACCACAGAUCCUUCCACCACAGAUCCUGUCACGACAACAUCCACUACAGACUCUUCCACAAUAACAACCACCACAGACUCUUCCACCACAGAUCCUUCCACAACAACUGAUGCCCCCACAACAACAACGACUGAAUCUUCCAGUAACGCCGGGGUUAAAUCGUUAACUAUUACGAUCAGAAAUGCUGACGGUCGUGUACAAGAACUCGAUUUGGCAGCCUUGGCCGUGAGUCCAGACACAGCAGAUGCAAACUGUGAAGAGGUUACCAAUGUCCUGAUAACAACAGGAUCAAGAAUUGUUUUCCAGUUUUCUGGCUGUAUUGUGGUCAAUAGUUCUACCACUGCAGCCACCACCACAACCUCGACAAGCACCACUGAAACCCCACAUGAAACCCCUUACUACCAGUGGUUUGGCCAAUCAGCGGGCUAUCAAUCCCAUUUCAUAUAUACCUAUUAA